AUGAUUGAGUUGGGCCUCGCUGACGGCAGCCUGAUCGACGAGCUGAUGGAGCUCACGGCUCAGAGUAUUGGUAACCUGGAGAUCCAGGAACACUUCAACAUCAUCAAGGAGAUCGGCCGAGGGAAAUACGGCAAAGUGCUGCUGGUCACGCAUCGCUUCAGGGGGACUCCCAUGGCCUUGAAAGUGAUGCCCAAAGCCUCGACUAAGCUGCAGGGCUUUCUGAGAGAGUACUGCAUCUCCUUACACCUAUCCUGCCACCCCUGCAUUGUGGGCCUCUUUGGCAUUGCCUUCCAAUCUAAUGAACACUACUGCUUUGCCCAGGAGCUUGUCAUUGGAAGGGACCUGUUUGCUGUCAUCCAGCCAAAGGUGGGUAUCCCGGAGACGUCCGUAAAACGUUGUGUCCUCCAGAUUGCCAGCGCUUUGGAGUUCAUCCACAGCCACGGCCUGGUCCACCGUGAUGUCAAGCCUGAGAACAUCCUCCUGCUGGAUAGUCAUUGCAGCCAAGUGAAGCUUGCAGACUUUGGCCUGGCCCAGAAGAGAGGCACUCUGAUACGCUUCAUCACAGGAACCCUGCCCUACAUGGCCCCGGAGCUUUGUGGCAUGGCCUUGACGGAAGACCAGAAAGAAGUCACAGCUCCUCCACUUAGCGUGGAGCCAAGCCUUGACACCUGGGCCUUCGGGGUCGUUAUCUUCUGCAUCCUUACGGGUUACUUCCCCUGGGAGCGUUGCAUGGACUCAGAUGACUUUUACCAAGAGUUUGCUGACUGGUGUACAAUGGAUGAGAGGCCUACCACUGAGGAAGAGAUGCCUCCUUUGUGGAAAAGGUUCACUCCAGACGCCAUGGAGUUGUUUAGUAAGCUCCUGGCUCCGGAUCCAAGAAAGAGGUGUACAGUUGGAGAGGUGAGAGCUUAUGUGGAGAAGGACUGGCUUAAGAAUGAGAACGGGCAAGAGCAGACAGCAGAAAAAGAAGUCAGUACCUCCGAGGAAUAA